AUGGUGGGGGGUGUAGGUAAAUUAUGGGCUCGGGUUGUCACCGUGGCUGCUCUGCAUUGGACAUUUCACCUCACCACUGUAAAUUAAAAAAAAAAAAAAAGGAAGAUUACAUUCAGCUGCCGUCUGCGACCGAGCAAGUGCAGACUUGCAGAUAUCUCAACACUUGGACUUGCGGGAUAAAAACAACGGACUGCAAGGGGGUGGGCGAGGACUUCGAACGUGAUUGCUUUCUCCUGGGGGAGGCUUUAAAAAAAUUAACGAAAAAAAUAAACUACAAAUUCAGUUGGGCGUUUUGGAGUUGCUAGUUUGGGUACAUGGUGAUGCUCCGGCGAGGCGCAGCAACAGAAGAGGGAAGAGCCAGAACCCAAGAGAAGCGAGCGCAGAGAGGGCGAGUGGGCGAGUGGCACCUGCUCCACCUGACCCAUCUGGUGCGUGCAUGUAUUCUGCUGCCAUGGCAACCAUGGGUCCUCUCCUCACAUUGCUUCUUCUGCUGCUUCAUCUGGCUGAUGGCUCAUUCCCAGAGGAGCCCAGUCCACUCAGCUACGUCCCUCUGGAGGUGGUGAGGAGGUAUCCAGUGUUCCUGGGCAGAGCUCACCGUUCAGCACAAAGACAGGAGCUGCACAUCCAGACUGUUCUUCAAGUCAACCGCACGCUCUACAUCGGAGCCAGAGAUGAUUUAUAUCGAGUGGAACUGGACAACAUGGCAGGUGACGAGAUGUUCUACAGCAAGAAACGGACAUGGGAAUCCAACAAAAACGACAUUCGAGUGUGCCGAAUGAAGGGCAAGCAUGAGGGAGAGUGUCGUAAUUUUGUGAAGGUUCUGCUCCAGCAGCACGGAGGCCUGUUUGUGUGCGGAACAAACGCCUUCAACCCGCUGUGUGCAAACUACACAAGAGAUACUCUAGAAAUGGUAGGCGAGCCCGUGAGCGGGAUGGCGCGCUGCCCGUAUGAUCCACGGCAUGCAAAUGUAGCUUUAUUCGCAGACGGAAGUCUUUUCACAGGCACCGUGACAGACUUCCUGGCCAUCGAUGCCGUGAUCUACCGCAGCCUCGGCGACAGCCCCGCCCUCCGCACCGUCAAACAUGACUCCAAAUGGUUCCGAGAGCCCUACUUUGUGAGCGCCAUGGAGUGGGGGUCUCAUAUUUAUUUCUUCUUCAGAGAAAUGGCCAUGGAGUUUCACCAUCUGGAAAAGGUAAUGGUGUCCCGUGUGGCUCGUGUGUGUAAAUCCGACCUCGGUGGCUCUCAGCGAGUGCUCGAGAAACAGUGGACCACCUUCCUGAAGGCUCGGCUCAAUUGUUCCGUCCCGGGUGACUCGCACUUCUACUUUAACCUCCUCCACGCCACGAGCGGUAUCAUCCGCAUGCAAGGGCGUGACGUCAUCUUGGGCCUUUUCUCCACGCCACCAAACAGCAUUCCUGGUUCCGCCGUGUGUGUGUUUGACAUGCAGCAGCUCGCUCACGCCUUCGAGGGACGCUUCAAGGAACAGAAAUCACCAGAGUCUAUUUGGACUCCAGUACCGGAAGAGGCAGUCCCCAAACCCAGACCCGGAGGAUGUUCGGUCCAAGGAUCCCGAUUCAGUUCCUCCACUACGUUACCGGACGAGGUGUUAAACUUUGUGAAAACCCACCCUCUGAUGGAUGAGACAGUACCACUGUUGGGGCACAGACCUUGGGUGGUCAAGACUAUGGGACGCUACCAGCUGACAGCCAUGGUGGUGGACACAGAAGCCGGGCCCUAUAGGAACCGCACAGUUUUGUUCCUGGGCUCGACCCGAGGGACAAUUCUCAAGUUUCUGAUGAUUCCCAGCAGGGAUUCAAUGUCCCACAGCAGCGUUUUCUUGGAGGAGGUAGAAGGUUUCAACCCCGAGAGAUGCGGCGAGGACUCACCUCAGGCUCGCCAACUCUUGUCUUUGACGUUGGACCACAGCAGCCACAACCUCCUGCUGGCUUUCCCAUCCUGUCUGGUCCGAGUGCCCACUUCCCGUUGCCACCUGUACUCCCGCUGCAUGAAGAGUUGCCUCGCCUCCAGGGACCCAUACUGUGGCUGGACCAGAGGCAGCACCUGCUCCUUCCUUAGACCCGGAACCAGGCUCCCUUUUCAACAGGAUAUCGAAUAUGGAAACACCACUUCGCAUUUAGGAGACUGUGAUGGUAUCCUGCAGCAGAGUCUCCUCAUUGAACCAGAGAGUCUCGUCUCCCUCAAUCUCCUUGUGGUUUCCGCCGUCUCGGCGUUCACCAUCGGGGCGGCGCUCUCGGGCCUCGCCGUGUGCUGGAUCAUGGCCCACAAGCCCAGCAACCGUCGCCACGGCAACACCACUCAGUCAUCGAUCCAGCGGCGUGACAGGGGCUUAUUAAGUAACGCCGGCGGAAUGGGCGGCUCUGUGCUCAGCGUGACGCGUCAGGGAGGCGGGGAGCGCACCUGCACUCAGAGCGGGGAGACCCUAUUUGUGAUGCCCAACGGCUGGGUCAAGUCUGGGGAGCUCGACCCCGGUUUCCUUCCCACGCCGGAGCACACGCCCCAGCAGAAACGUAGAGGACUGCGUCUCUCUGACUCCAACUCUGGAGGAUGGGACACCAGCCAGACCUACUUGGGGGGAGGCUCUGUGGGUCUGGGGUCCCCCUGUCGAAUACCCCCUUCAGUUUAUCUGACCACCAGACUGUUCCAGCAGGGAGGCGGCAGUCGGCACGGCGGCGAGGGCCGGGGGAGCGACACCCCCCGACAGCACUACGUCUGCCUGAGCAGGCAGGAGAAAGGAGGAAAGGGAACGCCCAAAGCUCCCCUGAGGAAGUCUGCAGGGGAAUACGUUUACCCUAUGACGCCCCAGGACUCGCCUGAGCGCCGGAGGGUGGUAUCGGCGCCCAGCGCGCCUGCGGAGUGUGGCGAGCCUCUGCCUCUGCGCUGGCCGGCCCCGGAAGGCUAUAUCCUGAGCAGCCAUCCCAUGGUGCCCGUCCCCUUGCCCCCUCCCUCAAUGGCUGCCCCCAGCGGUCAGUCAUACAUGUCCCAACAGCACACGCCCGUGCUCACCAGGGCCCUGCUGAGGGGGGCUUUGGAGCGGGGAGAACUGGGCCAGCUGAUGGACCUCAGCCAUUUGAUGAGUAAGAAGAACUGCAAUGACAGGACUCAGGCUGGCCAGUGA